AUUUUAUUAUUAUAAUAAAAUGGCGGCCGAUACCAAAGGAGCCCUUUGUGUUGGUCUAGUUUGUCUUGACAUUAUCUACAGCGUAGAUCACUAUCCUAAAGAAGACGAAGACAUUAGAGCUAGCGGACAAAAAUGGGCCAAAGGAGGUAACGCGGCGAACACUCUUUCUGUUCUUGUUCAACUUGAGAAAACUCAAGAGGAGGGAGAAAAAAGACCUUGUGAACUACUUUCCACGUUAGGAGGAGGAAUUGAGACAGAUUAUGUUCUUGCUGAACUCGAUGAGUCUCGAAUAGACCACGCCCACUGCAGGGUUUACUCUUCCCAGAAGCUACCAACUUCUUUUGUACUCCUCAAUACUUCAAAUGGAUCAAGAACUAUCAUACAUCACAGAAAUCUUCCGGAACUAAAAUUUGAAGAUUUUAAAUCUCUAGAUCUUUCAAAAUACAACUGGAUUCAUUUUGAGGGACGUAACCCUGACGAAACCGUUGCAAUGGUUAGACACAUCAGACAGUCUCCAUACUCCCCAGUGGUUAGCAUUGAGCUAGAGAAGAAGAGACCAGAGCUACUUGUACUGGCUGGCUUGGCUGAUGUCCUUUUUCUUAGCAAGGAACACGCGAGUUAUCAUGGCUACCAAUCACCAGAGGAGACAUGUCUAAAGUUUCGAGAUAAAGCUAAGGAAAAUGCUAUUCUCAUCUGUGCUUGGGGUGAGAGGGGGGCUGUUGCCAUGGAUGCUACAGGAGAGUUAUGUAAAUCUGAUGCGUUCCCUCCUCCAGGUGGUUUAGUGGACACAUUAGGAGCUGGGGAUACAUUCAAUGCUGGCGUGAUACACAAACUAAUGAGGGGCGUGCCUCUACACGAGGCUAUAGUGUUCGGUUGUAAAAUAGCAGGAAUAAAAUGUGGAAGAGAAGGAUUCUACAAUUUGACUGAUGAUUUGUAAAUUUUAUAAUUUAACAAUAAUAAUAAAGAGAUGCAGUCUGCUAAAGAGGCA